AUGAAGUUUGGUGAGCACUUACGGCACUCCUUGAUCCGCAACUAUAGCUUCUACUACAUUGCCUAUGAUGAUUUGAAGCAUCAAUUAAAGAAAAGUCUCAAGGACAACGAUGGGCAGUGGACAAAUGAAUUGGAAGAAGAAUUCUUGUCAUUGUUGGAACAGGAAUUGGAUAAAGUUUAUUCAUUCACCAAGGUCAAGAACACUGAAGUAAACCGUCGUAUUAAGGAUGCUGAAAAGUAUGUGUACGAAGUAGUGGGUGCCCUUCAAAACAAAAAUUCUGCUCCUACUCCACAAGAACAGGACUUUGAGGAUUUGGAGGAUGAAUUGUCUGACAUUAUAGCUGAUGUCCAUGAUAUGGCCAAAUUUGAGAGACUCAAUUACACUGGUUUCCAGAAGAUUGUCAAGAAACAUGACAAAACCACCAAGUUCCACUUGAAGCCAAUUUUUCAAGUGCGUUUGAAUGCCAAACCAUUUUUCAAGGACAAUUAUGAUAACCUCAUUGUGAAGUUGUCCAAGUUGUAUGACUUGGUUCGGACCAGAGGAAAUCCUGUCAAGGGAAACUCUGCCGCUGGUGGUGCGCAGCAGAACUUUGUUCGUCAAACUACAAAGUAUUGGGUACAUCCCGAUAAUAUCACCGAAUUGAAACUUAUUAUCUUGAAACACUUGCCGGUGCUUGUUUUCAAUGCUGAGAAGGAAUUUGAGCCGGAAGAUAGUGCCAUCACCUCGAUCUACUUUGACAAUAAGGAUAUGGACCUCUACUACGGUAGAUUGAGAAAGGAUGAAGGUGCCGAGGCUAUUAGAUUGAGAUGGUAUGGUGGCAUGAAAUCCGAGCAGAUCUUCGUUGAAAGAAAGACACAUCGUGAAGAUUGGACCGGUGAGAAGUCUGUCAAGGCAAGAUUUGCGUUGAAAGAGAAAAAGGUGAACGACUUUUUAUCCGGUAAGUUUACCGCCUCUCAAGCUUUUGAAAAGCAAAGAAAAGAAGGUAAGAAGUCUCCUCAAGAGAUCGAAAACUUGGAGCGUUUGGCCAAAGAAGUUCAGUACAGAGUAAUUAAGGAUAAAAUGCGUCCCGUCAUGAGAUCGUUCUACAACAGAACCGCCUUUCAACUUCCUGGUGAUGCUAGAGUUCGUAUCUCUUUGGAUACUGAGUUGACCAUGGUGCGUGAAGACAAUUUUGAUGGACAUGAUAGAACAAAUGGUAACUGGAGACGCAUGGAUAUUGGUGUAGACUACCCAUUCCCCCAAUUACCAGAUCGUGAUGUUUGUCGUUUCCCAUACGCUGUUCUUGAAGUGAAGUUGCAAACGCAAUUGGGUCAAGAACCUCCUCUCUGGAUUAGAGAGUUGGUAGCAAGUCAUUUGGUGGAGGCAGUUCCAAAGUUUUCCAAAUUCAUUCACGGAGGUGCUAGUUUGCUUCCUGAUUACGUGAAUUUACUUCCUUUCUGGUUGCCCCAGAUGGAAGUUGAUAUUAGAAAACCCAAGGUUCAAGAAGAAUAUGGAAUUAUGAGACAACAGCAGCAAAGAAUCAAGUCAUCUUCAUCGGGAGGUGAGAUGGAUGAAGAAGAAUUGUUGGACCAUGGUGAAUUGAAUGGCGGAUACGGAAGUCAUGUUCACUUCUCCAAUGAUAUCAAUCCCUUGGAAGAAGACUUGGAUGAGUCGACUCCCUUGUUGCUCCCUUCGACUUAUCGUACUAGAGAUGGUGCCUCUCCUCUAGCAAAUUUCUUCUACAACCUCUAUGGACAGUUCUUACAUUUCUUCAAUGAUGACCGAACCUUCACCGUCAAGCCUGGUACAAACUACGACUUGAACCAGACUUUCAAAAAUAAACUUCCAAAGGGCAAAAAGAUCUGUGUUCCAGUUAGAAUUGAACCAAAGGUCUACUUUGCAAACGAAAGAACCUUUUUGAGUUGGCUCUCCAUUGGUAUGAUAUUGGGUGCAACUGCUACAACCUUACUUACUUAUGGUGGUAAUUCUACCAUCACUGCUUCAAUUGGCUUCUUUAUCGCUGCCCUUUUCACCAUGAUCUAUUCGACUUACAGAUACGUUUGGAGAGUACUUAUGAUCAGAGAAAAGAAGGCAGUAAUGUAUGGCGACAAGUUUGGGCCAAAUAUGAUCUGUUUCUUUAUUGCAGCGGCCACCUUUGCUACAUUUUUGUUCCGCUUCAUUGAAGCAUAA